CCUUAGUAAAGAAAUCACAUUGUUUUUACAGAAAUUUUAAUUCAUUUUUUAAAAAAUCAAUAUCUCAACAAUUAAAGCUUGUUAAACUCAAUAAAAUGGUGAGAAAGAAGCGUCCAUUUAUCGACAAAAAGAAGGCAGUCACUUUUCGUUUAGUAAAUCGAUCUCAACAAGAUCCAUUGAUAGCUGACGAAACAGCACCUCAACAUGUUUUAGUUCCAAUAACCAAGAGAGGUCACGAAACAACUAGUUCUAAAUCAUCAGAUAUAUCAAUACCUCCAGAAAAGCGCAAAAAGGAACAACAAAAGUUUGGAAUCUUCUACGAAGACGAUUAUGAUUAUUUACAGCAUUUAAAGGAACCAGGGCAAAAUGAUGUUCAUUGGGAGGAAGUUCCACAAAGGAAUGAAAAAACUAAACCGAAAAUUCAACUUCCAAGCUCAGUUUUUGCUUCAGAAUUUGAGGAAAAGGAAGGAAUGUUGAAUAAAGCAGCUCCAAGAUCAGGCCCUAGACUUGACUGGGAUCCAGACGUUGUGGCUGCAAUGGAUGAUGAUUUUGACUUUGAAAACCCAAAUAAUGAAUUAGAGGAUGAUUUUAUGGAAUUGGCAAUGGGUGGAACUGGAGACGAUAGUGAUUUUGUCGAAGAUGACGAGGAUGCAGAUAUUGAUUCAGAUGGUGCUGCAUAUUCAGACGAAGAAGAUGAUGAAAUUGGUCCACUUCCAAAAUCUCGAAAUUUUCCAACUUUUGAUAAUGAAGAAACAAAGUCAAGAUUCACAGAAUAUUCAAUGUCAAGUAGUAUAAUCAGAAGAAAUGAACAGCUGACAUUGCUCGAUGAUAAAUUUGAAAAAUUCUUUGAGGAUUAUGACGAUGAAGAAGUUGGAGCUUUGGAUUGUGAGGAAAUUGAAGGGCAUGUCGAUAUUGAUGAUCAUAUGCUAAAUCAAUUAACGACAGAUUUUCAAAAGAAACAACUUCCAGUUCAGUAUGAGAAAUCAUGGGAUAUUUGUCGUAUGGUUAAGGUACAGCAAGAAGAAGAAGAGAAACCAGAGGAAAUGGUGAUAUUAGAAGUCUCAGAUGAUGAAAAUAAGAAGAAAUGGGAUUGUGAAAGCAUGUUAUCAACCUUUUCAAAUAUUUACAAUCAUCCCAAACUCAUAGAAGUUUCAUCAAAGAAAAAGAUUCAAAUAAAUCCAAAAACAGGAAUGCCAAAAAAUAUCCUGAAUAGUGAGCAAGCCGGUAAAUUGACAGAAAAAACACUCGCAAAAUUGAAUAGCGAACAAACAGAAUCAACAAGUGGUAAUGCUGGUCCAAAAUCACUAUGUGCUGAGAGUGUACUUACAACAUUAAGCGUUCUGUCUCUUCGACCGAAAGAUGAAACCCCAGAAGAGAAGCGAGAACGUAAAAAGCUAUUAAAAGAGUGUAGAAAUGAACGAAGGAUUGAAAAGAAAGCAAAUAAACUGGCAUUCAAUGAUGAGCGAUUGCGGCAACAUUCAAUCACAAUGAAUCAGAAAAAUAACUUGCAAGGAAACAAAAUUCUUUAGGGGAUUUCACUUGUUUGUCAACAAAUUGGAAUUAAAUUAAUUUUUAUCUUUUGAGUUAUUGACAAAUUUGCAACAUGGCAAAUUGAAUUAAAUCUUUUUUGGAAUAUCCUGAAUAAACGUUUUACAUUAAAUAAAUACUAAA